UGCAAUAAAGGGGCGGCCUUGCAAUAAAGCAGAAGUAGGGGGUGAAUUUAUAGUUUGUGCUACUGCAAUGGGCAUUUGUGUGCACAGUUCUCCACUUCAUUAUUUCAGUUCAGUUCUGCGGUUCAAACCGAAAACGAAAACUCGGGGCCGCAGUGCCGAGCAUCGAUUAAAGUUUUACACCCGGCGUUGCAGAAGUGCAGGACUGAAUGAGUGAUAGGGCGAAGUACUUGGUGUUUCUCGGAGCCGGAGCCAUUCUAGGCUCUGCUGUUACUGUUGCCAUGGUGAAAUUUUUGCCAAGGCGGAUUGGAAGCCAAUGCAUGAAUGCAGAGGUGGAUGGAUUUAAGGACCAUGAGAUGCCAGAGAAUGUCAAUCACAUUCCUGUUGGCCCUGACCUUCUGAUGGAUGAAAUCAUGUCUGAGCAACUUACAAGGAAUAUUCAAUUUUUUGGCAUUGAGCACCAAAAGAAAGUGGUAUCUUCAUAUGUUGUGGUGAUUGGUCUUGGAGGAGUAGGCAGUCAUGCAGCAUCCAUGCUGUUGAGGUCGGGGGUAGGCAAGCUUCUCCUAGUGGAUUUUGAUCAGGUCUCAGUCUCGUCAUUGAAUAGACAUGCUGUUGCAACAAGAGAGGAUGUUGGUACUCCAAAAGCUCUUUGCCUGAAGAAGCAUUUCUCAGCAAUUUUCCCAGAGUGUCAUGUGGAUGCAAAAGUUCUACUUUAUGAUUCAUCAUCUGAAGAUGAAAUUCUUUCUGGAAACCCUGACUUUGUCCUAGAUUGCAUUGAUAACAUUGAUACAAAAGUAGCACUUCUUGCAGCAUGUGUGCGGAGAGGCUUGAAAGUUUUGUCUGCUACAGGAGCUGGGGCAAGGGCUGAUCCGACCAGAAUCCGUGUGGCUGACUUAAGAGAAUCAACCAACGAUCCAUUAUCUCGUGCGGUCAGACACCGUUUAAGGAAAGAUCAUGGCAUUGAAGGUGGUAUUCCUGUAGUUUUCUCACUGGAAAAACCCAAGGCAAAAUUACUUCCCUUUGAAGGAACAAAUGGAGAAGAAAAUCCUUUAGAUUAUCAAAUUGUUCCUGGUUUUCGAGUUCGCAUCAUUCCGGUCCUAGGAACGAUACCUGCUAUUUUUGGACAAGUAAUGGCAUCAUAUGUUGUGACUCAACUGGCAGGACUGCAAGUUCACAUGGAGCCAGUUGUAAAUUUUGAUAUGGAUCACUAUCGUGUUCUCCACCAACGUCUUGUUGAGCAUGAAGAGAUCCAAUAUGGUACAGCAAAGGAUGUUCAGGUGGAUGUGGAAGAGGUUAUGUAUAUAGCUAAAGAGUUGUGGCAUGGCAGAAGUGCUAGAGAUCAGUCAUCAAAAGAUGUUGGCCGUGGAAUGUGGCGUUCAGUAAAUGAGUUAAUACUUAUCAGGUGGGAUAGCACAAAACCAGCAUCCAUCUCCAAUCUAAUUCUCCUUAAAUUUAAAGAGGCUGAUGAACACGAAUCGAUGUCACUGGAAGAUAUCAAAGAAAUGGAACCAGAAUUUUUUGCUAGAGUGACAUCUGUGCUAAGGCGAGCUGAGCUGGAGUUCGGUUUGUGACUUGAAUGCCCCCAUUCACAGGAAGUUUAACAGUGAAUUUGAUUUUGUGCUCAAACCUUUCUAGUGUUCCACCUGUGUUUAGAACAGUCUUAGCAGAUAUCUGGAAAUUUAGCAUACUACUCAUUAAUAUAUCUUGAUGCGUAGGAAAAUUUUGGCCUCUCAUAUGAGAAGUGUUGUUCUUAGAUGAAACUUGGGAUUGUAUAGGGAGCGGAAAGCAGCUGUAUGGUCACUGAAAUCUACUGGUUACUUUAAUGCUCUAUUUAAGAGAAUGAAUGACAUUGAUAACAUUGAAAAU